UGAUCCACAUGCACUUUAAUAUCUGACCGCUCUGUCUGUUUCUAGUUUUACAUGAUCUACUCUCCUCUUGUUUACUUCAUUUACUUUUGUUUACUUUUUUCAUGUAUGUAUUUAUCGAACAGCUCUCGGUAAACACACCUUGAUACAUGUGCCUUUGCCACUUACUGAUCGCGUGGACAACCCCUGAGAAGAGACCUUCGUUUGGCACAGCAUGACCUCUCCCUAUGCAGCCAUGCCGUACUGCCCUGAGCACACCUUUCCACGUAGACUGCGCGAGCCGGCGGCGACUUGUUUGUCCUGGGCAGAGAGCUCCUUCCUCGCCUCUAUGGCCCAAAGCCAGUCCUCUCAGACCUCCGAGAUCCUCGGCCAGGAUGUCUUCAACCAGCUGCUGGAGAUGCUCGACCAAUCUGCCUUUCACUCCGUCCAGCCCAUCGAGCUGAACUUCUCCGAGAGCCCGGUCAGCGGCUCCCCCAGCAACACCAUCCAGAUCAGCAUGGACUGCAUCACCAUGCACGAGUCCGAGGAGCCCUGCGCGGUGAGGGAGGCAGGGAGAGAAUCGGAGGACCUCCACACGCUCCUAGCCCUGCUCCUAGCCCUGCCCCUAGCCCUGCUCCUAGCCCCUAGCCCUGCUCUUAGCCCUGCUCCUAGCCCCUAG